UAGGUCUUCAGAGACAAGCUGAGUUAGCUUCAAUACAUCCUCAACCAAAACCUUCUUUGUUUUUUGGUAUCAAUACCAAUUAUCAAGCUAUGAAGGUUGUGAGCCAGGUGAAGCAGAUGGGGAGGCUGAACAAGGCUCUCAAGGAGAAGAGAGCCAAGCUCUACAUAAUCCGCCGAUGCGUUGUCAUGCUUCUCCGUUGGAGUGAUUGAUCGAUCUUCCGUGCAAACGCAUGGCAGAUCGAUCAAUCGUUGUUCUAAUCGAUUGAUCCCUCCUGUUUUGGAUCUUUUUUGGCCUGCCAUUUUGGUAGGGCUUCAGAUUCCGGCAGCAUGACUGAUAUGUACAUGCAUAGGUGCAUCCAUGCAUGUAUUGUUCCCGUGCUCGCGUUUUAGGAGGGAUCGAUCGAUUGGUAAUUUCACUUUUGAAUCUUUUUUCCUUUGCCUCUUUGUUUAGAGACAAGGGUUUGAGAGAAGGUGCUUGGCUCUAAUGUUGAUGCUCCCAUUCUCUUCAACAAAUGGAGAAGGCCGGUAUACAACAACCACUGCAUUUCAUUUCUUGAUGGACUCGACUACUCGUCGAUCAUAUGACUUUGAGGAAGAUAAGACGAUUAAAACGACUACAAGUUGAUGGGGUUCUCGUGCUGAUGCAUGGCUUGAUGAGCUGUUUCUAUGUGUCUUUAAGUGUUUUAUGUGUUGGAAGAAGGGUUUAAACCUUGUGGGAUUUAAUCCUAAUUUGUCCGUAGUCAAGGCACACAAGGGUGCUAGCUUUCACAAUUAUGUUGUAUCAAAGUGAUCUUGAACGCUAAAUUAUGGUUCUAUAAUAAAAUUUCCUUUUCAGUCUGCGCAAUGUAAA